UUGUAAUCAUUACUAUGACAAUCUAUGACUACGUGCUUCAGUUCGAGAAAGAGGUCACGUUUUUUUGGGAAAGACAGUGGUCAGUGAUGGCAUAUCUAUACAUUGUCGUUCGAUAUUUUGGUAUUGUCCUUGCAAUGUUCGGCCUCUGUACCUGGGGAGGUCUACUUUAUAUGCCUGAAGCAUCGUACGUCAGAAGUUCGCUUGAUAGUUCGGCCUGACCUGCUGCUGACCUCUUGUUUAGUUGUUAUGGUACGCUUCUGUUCAUGCAAUGGGGUCUUUCUGGAUACUUUUGCUUGGCAGAAGUCAUUCUCAUCUGGCGUCUUUAUGUUCUAUACAACCAAUCCAAGCUCAUACUUUAUGUUCUACUGGGGUUCUUCGUACCUGUCGUCGUGCUCUAU